GUUAAGAAGCUUCAAUAAAAAAAUCAUCUGAAAAAUUAAAAUAAAAAUUUCAAAUUACCACAUAUUUUUAUAAAGUUGGUAGUACUGACAGGUAGGAAUGACAGAAUAUGACAAUUUUGAAGGGUUCAAUUUUUUAUAAAACCCAUUGACAUUGCCGAGUUCUGAAUUUGAUUCAUAAACAUCUCGCAUUAAAAAAGAAACGUAGUUAAGAAAAAAAUGUUCGUUACAAGAAUACUUAGACCAGCUGUUGUGCAGAAUGUCCGCUUCAUGUCACAAUUAGGAGACCUAGGAAGCGGUGCCGGCAAAGGAGGCGGUGGAGGUGGUUCCAUUAGGGAAGCCGGUGGUGCCUUCGGCAAACAAGAAGCCGCAAGAGAGGAGGAAUACUUCUACAAAAAGCAAAGGGAACAGUUGCAAAAGCUGAAAACUGAUCUUAAAGAUGAAAUCAGCUUCCAUGAAGAACAAAUUAAGAGACACCAAGAAGCUAUUUCUCGCCAUAAGAACCGAGUCACUGAAUUAGACAAGAAGGAAUAGUGAGUUCCUAUGAAUCCUCAAAUUUAGUUACUCUUUAUUUUCAUUCAUGUAUGUUCUAAGAUAGUGUAUUGCUUAAAAUUUUGAUUUCUUAAUAAACAAUAACUUGUUA